AUGGCAGCCGCGACGACUUUGCACCACCGGCGCCGCUCCAUUCUCCAGCUGGCACUCCUGCUACUGGCGGCGUCACCGGCGGCAAUGCUGGCGACCGGCGGAGCCUGCGAGAGCGAGGAGUUCCCGGCCGGCAGGAGCUACGCGACGUGCGCGGACCUCCCGACCCUCGGCGCCUCGCUGCACUGGACGUACGACGCGGCGGCCUCGUCGUUGUCCCUGGCGUUCGCGGCCAAGCCGCCCGGCGCGAUCGGCGCCGGCUGGGUGGCCUGGGGGGUCAACCCCACCGGCGAUGGCAUGAAGGGCGCGCAGACGCUCCUCGCCUUCAAGAGCAGUGGCGCAUACGUCGUCAACACGUACAACCUCACCGGGUACCGCCCGCUCAGCGCGGCGUCCACGCCGAUCACGUUCGAGGCUACCGAGCUCGCCGCCGACGAGGGCGCCCAUGGGAAGGUGCGGCUCUACGGCACGCUGCAGCUGCCCAAGGGCAUGGAAGCCGUGAACCACAUCUGGCAGGUAGGGUCGACGGUGGCCAAUGGGGUGCCGGCCAAGCACGCGUUCGCCCAGGAGAACCUGGAGGCGAAGGGCAGUCUCGUGCUCACCGGUGCCGGAGCGACGGAGGCCGCACCAGCUCCGGUGUUUAUCUCUCACGACUAUCUCGAUUAA